AGUCUUUCAGUUCAGAGAAAGUGAAACUGAACUCUCAUCGAUCUGUGGAGUGUUUGGUGUUUCUAUCUGUGUGUGUUCAUACGGUGAAAUGGCAGAAGCGAGUAUUUCAGAGGAUCACUUCAUGUGUUCAGUGUGUCUGGAUCUACUGAAGGAUCCAGUGACUGUUCCCUGUGGACACACUUACUGUAUGAGAUGUAUCACAGACUGCUGGAAUCAAGAAGGUCAGACGAGAAUCUACAGCUGCCCUCAGUGCAGACAAACCUUCAGUCCAAGACCUGUUUUAGGAAAGAAUGUGAUGUUUGCUGAGAUGAUGGAGAAACUGAAGAAGACUAAAGUCAAAUGUGCUGUUUCUGAUCAGUGUUCCUCUGGAGCUGGAGAUGUGGAGUGUGACGUCUGUACUGGAAGAAAACACAAAGCCAUCAAAUCCUGUCUGCUGUGUCUCAACUCUUACUGUCAAACUCAUCUUGAGCAACACGAGAAUCUCUUCAGAGGUCAAAGACACAACCUGAUAGACGCCACUGCACCACUUCAUGACAUGAUCUGCCCUCAACAUGACAAGAUUCUGGAGAUUUACUGUCGCACGGAUCAGAAGCUUAUAUGUAUGCUGUGUAUGAUGGCCGAACAUAAAAACCAUGAGACGGUUUUAGCUGCAGAAGAGGGAACACACAAAGAGAGACAUUUAAAGGAGACACAAAGAAAGUUUCAGCAGAGAAUCCAGAAGAGACAGAAAGACAUUCAGGAGCUGAGAGAUGUUGUGGAGUCUCACAAGCGGUGUGCACAGACAGCAGUGGAGGACUGUGAGAUGAUGUUUACUGAACUGAUCUCAUCCAUUGAGAGAAGACGCUCUGAGGUGACACAGCUGAUCAGAGAUCAGGAGACGGCUGCAGUGAGUUCAGCUGAAGGACUCUUGGAGCGACUGAAGCAGGAGAUUGAUGAUCUGAGGAGGAGAGACGCUGAGCUGGAGAUGCUUUUACACACACAACAUCACAUCCAUUUGCUGCAGAGUUUGUCGUCUCUCUCUGCUCCUCAUGGAUCUACAGACUCUCUGUCCAGCAUCACUGUCAGCUCUCUCCUCUCUUUUGAUGAUGUCAUCACAUCUGUAUCUCAUCUGAGAGACAAACUGGAGCAUUUGUGCACACGAGAGCUAGAAAAGAUCUCUGAGAGAGGAUUAGUGUCCUCUGGUCAGAAUUUAUCAGACAGACCCUUACGGACUACAUCACUGACACAGAGUAGAGCUUCAGCUUCUAUUUCUGGUUUUGGUGAGAUGUUUAAGCCACCUGCAGGGUCAUGGACCUGUGGCACUUGCGUUGUUCGAAACAUGUCCUCAGACAAAAGAUGUAUCUCUUGUGUCUCACCACGACUCAACAUAGACUCUGACUCAGACAGUAAACCUGCAGUGGCCACAGCAAGCCUCCUUUCCCUCUUUGCCCCUACGGCUGGUAGCUGGACUUGUGACACAUGUUUGGUCAUCAACAAACCAGAAGUAGUUAAAUGUGUUUGUUGUGACACGGCCAAACCUGGAACUCAAGUCAACUCCAGCCUGAUUUUCCCUUCUCUGGCAAAAGCCUCAUCUGCUGCCUCCUCAACAACCACCACCAAUUCUUCUUCUGGGACUGGACUGCUGAGAUUUGGAGAUACAGUUAAGAAACCAGAGGAAUCUUGGGACUGUGAUCUGUGCUUGAUUCGCAACAACGCACAGGAUGUGAAAUGUGUAGCAUGUAAUAGCCCCAAACCAGGUUCCUGAACGUUUCUUGGAGGUUGCUCAGAUAACAUUACGGGAGUUCUUCAACGCAAUUGUGUCUGGUAAAGACGUGGAUCCGUCAUGGAAGAAGGCAAUUUAUAAAGUCAUCUGCAAACUGGACUCGGAAGUUCCGGAGAUCUUUAAAUCAAAAAAAUGCCUUCUCAAACUCCUUCAUGAGUAACAGGUUUUCUCUUUCUAUUCAAAAAUACAGUUUUGUAUUUUUUUUAAUUUUGUUAAGAUUUCUGCCAGUUUGUUAACAUUACACAGGUGAUAAAAAAUGUCAUGGUUUUGUUGGAUUUUAACCUUUUCUGUUUGGCUUUAGUUUUUUUAAUGAAUGUAGACCGAUCUCACGAUAACUUUAUGUGAAGUUUUGCAGUAUGGGUUCUGGAAAAACAGGGCAGGACAUUUGUAGGAUGACCGCUAAAUUGUAUAUUAUUACCAUUUUGAACUUUCUUUUUUGUUAUAUUUUGAAUGUUUGUUUUGCAAGACGUGCAUUUUUAUUUCAUAUAUUAUUCCAUAACAUAAACCUUGAUACACAAAUGUAAGGAGGAAGUUUUCUAGUAAGUAUAGAUUUCAUUUGUUCUUUCCUUUUUGGUUUGUUGAGGGUCUAAGGGAACGCAAUGCUAUUCUGUACAGAAUGUAACUUUUCUCACCGUCUGAGACGAUAGAAGCUGAUGCUCAUUCUGUUGUGUUUGCUCGUCUUGGCUCUAAUGGGAUGUGUUUCUGUGUUGGACACGCAUGUCAAGUCUUUCACACGAGGAAACGGUCUAUAAAACCUCUAAACACAAGUGUUCCUCGUCGCCUCGUUCUCUACAGAUCAUUCCAGACCUCUGAUAAGAGUGUUUGUGUGUUUAAAGUUUAUGUUCAUCUUUAGGACUGACAACUGGUGCUCUAUCUAAGUGAUCUUUUAUUUAUUUAUUUUAUUUAUUUUACAGUGCAGUAUUUUUAUGCACACGUACUGUACAAGGAUUCAUUACAAAAUAAGUCUCUUCAGGUUUCUGUACUUUGCAUUCAAUCAGUUUUGUUGGGAAGUGAAAAAAUGUAUUAUGCUUUUAAUGUUUUCUUUUCAUAUAUAAAGAAAUUGA